AUAUUAUUAUUAUUAUCAAAUUUCACUGGUUUAACUGGUCAUGUUAGAUUUAAUUUAGACAGCAGGAAUAUCAUUAGUAGCGGUUAUGAAGUCAUUAACAUUGACAAUAUGAAGAUUAAUAGACUUGGUUUUUGGUCUGAAGUCACUGGAUUUUCAGUUUCUCCACCAGAAACCCUGAAAGCAAACCAGAAUGGAUCUUCAAUUUUGGAUCAAAAGCUUGACAAUGCUACUUGGCCUGGUGGAGGCACAGAAACACCACGUGGUUGGGUGAUUGCGGUUAAUGAAAGACCUUUGAGAAUUGUAGUGCCAAACAGAACAAGUUUUAAGGAUUUUGUUACAGUAUACCAUCCUCAUGAUAUCAGGGGAUACUGUAUUGAUGUGUUCCUUGAAGCGCGAAAAUUGAUCCCUUAUGAUGUUCCUUAUACAUUUGAGCCUUUUGGAGAUGGUCAUUCCAAUCCCAAAUACGAUCAGCUUUCAAAACUGGUUGCAGAUGGUGUAUUUGAUGCUGCUGUUGGGGACAUUGCAAUUGUCAAGAACCGGACAGCGAUGGUAGAUUUCUCUCAGCCUUAUGCUAGUACUGGUCUUGUGAUAGUGGCACCUAUAAGCCGUCCACAGUCAAAUGCUUGGGUGUUUCUCAAGCCAUUUUCCUGGGAGUUGUGGUGUGUCACAAUAGCUUCUUUUCUGAUGAUUGCAAUCGUUAUUUGGACUCUUGAACAUCGAGUCAACGAUGAUUUUCGUGGUCCUCCUGGAAGGCAACUUGUAACAAUGUUUCUUUUUAGCUUCUCAACAUUGUUCAAGAGAAACCAAGAAGAUACUGUGAGCCCACUUGGGCGGAUGGUGAUGGUGGUAUGGCUUUUCCUCUUGAUGGUGGUUACAUCAAGCUACACAGCAAGCUUAACUUCAAUCCUUACAAUACAACAGCUUCCUUCUUCGAUCACUGGAAUUGAUAGCUUGUUGGCAACCGAAUCGCCUAUUGGUUACCAAGUAGGCUCAUUUGUGUAUAACUAUCUGACUGAGAUUCUUUUCAUACCAAGGAAAAGACUUAUUUCACUACGGUCUCCAGAAGAGUACGAAAGGGCACUGAGGCUGGGACCAAGUGCUGGAGGUGUGGUGGCCAUCAUAGAUGAGCUGCCUUAUGUUGAAUUGUUUCUAUCAGACCAAACUGAUUUUGGAAUAGUUGGACAGCCAUUCACCCGGGGUGGAUGGGGAUUUGCUUUUCAAAGAGAUUCUCCUCUGGCUGUGGACAUGUCAACUGCAAUCUUGAAACUUUCUGAGACUGGAAAACUCCAGGAGAUUCACAAGCAUUGGUUUUGUAAGAUAGGGUGUCCUGGUGAUAAUGAACAAGACAAUGAGCCUAACCAGCUUCAUUUGAUCAGCUUCUGGGGUCUAUAUCUACUAUGUGGAGCCUCUUGUCUUGCUGCCCUUGUAAUAUUUCUUCUCAGAAUGAUUUACCAAUUCGUCCGGUACAAACGCCAUGAGAAUCAGAAUGUUGCCUCUCUUCCACAUUCUCCUACAAGAGCAUCAUCAGGUCACUGUUCUGGUGUCAUUUCUAGCUUUGUUGACUUUGUUGAUGAGAGGGAAGAAUCUAUCAAGAACAUGUUUUCUCAGGCUAGUAGACCUCAUCAAGAAUCAAUUUCAGAGAACACUAGAUCAAUAAAAAUGUAAAUAACGAUAUAGUAGUACUAAGGAUUUAUUUUUUUCAUUUAUUUUCUUUUUAUACGGUGAUUUGUUUGUAACACAAGCAAAACGUUUUGUAGAUCAUGCAGUAACAGUAGUGCUCUGUUACACUUUCCCCUGUACAGAUAUAUAUCCCUCUUUUUGAAUGAUGACAUGAAUGUCAUAUACACAUAUAUAGGCAUAAUAAUAUUAAUAUAUCUCGGUUCUGACA